AUGCUGGCCAAAGUUUUCGUGUACGCCCUCCUCUCCUUCGCUGUUGUCAACGCGGCUCCCAUUGCGCAGCGCGACCUUGUGAGUGAGGCGAGCUCGUUGUUCGGACAUGCAACAUCUGUCGUUGGCUCUGUCUGGGGACAAGCAACCCAUGGCGUGGCGGCUGGUAUUUUGAAUGCGGAAGCUUCCUCGAUCUACCGGUCUGCGACCUCCGAGCUCGGAACUUCGACUGCUCGCGUCCAUGCAACUGUGACCACCAUCCACGGUGCUCCCGUCGUUGAGGUCACGUCCGUCGGAGGUCCUGCGAUCACCCUGGCUACCACCUCGCUCCCUGGCCAGUCACACUCGCGCCCGGUGGCGACGACGACGUUCGCCGGCCACACCUUCCUCAUCCCGUCGAGUGUGUCGCACUCUCACUCUCACACGGGCAGUGCCUCGUCCCACCGGCAUCACAUCUCGUCCACCGCAUCAUCAAGCUCGUCCCACAGUGGCUCGUCCACCGCGUCGUCCUCGUCGAGCACGGCGUCAAGUACUUGGACGAGCGCGUUCCCGACGAGCAACGGUGCGCUGAGCAUGCAGGCUCUGAGCAUGUCAAAGCCGAUGAUGAUGGGCGCCGUCACGGUGCUCACCAGCCUCCUCGGCGGCGCCUUCAUCGUGCUCUGA